AUGCCUUCUCAAAAAACGUUUAUUGUCAAGCAGAAGCUUGCGAAGAAGGCUCGUCAGAACCGACCACUUCCCCAAUGGUUCCGUCUCAAGACUGACAACAAGAUCCAGUACAACGCCAAGCGACGACACUGGCGACGCACGAAGCUCAACCUCUAA